GUGCUGUCAAUGUCAAUAGCAACAAGAAAUUUUUUAGCUAAAUUUCGAGUUUUCUCAAUUAAUUCUUAUAAAUAAUUGAACCAAAAACAAUUAUGUGAAUCCUUUUCAUCUUUAAGCUUACCCUCAACGCUUUACGCUAAGCUAAAGUGUUACAUGUUACAAUUUACUGCCGUUAUUGGUUACGGUGGUAGAAAUCGUGAAAAUGGCAAAAUCUCAAAUAAAUACUAAAUCCAGCAGCUAUAUAAAGGAUAAAGACGCAUUUCUGAAGGAGCUGAAGCAGUUUAAUGAGUCUAAAAACAUACCAUUCAAAGUCCCAAUAGUGAAUGGGAUUGAAAUAGAUUUGUUUCACUUAUAUUCACUGGUGCAGCAAAGAGGCGGACUCGGCAAGGUCAACCAGAAUGACACGUGGGAAUCAUUUCUAAGGCCAUUGAGGCUGCCACAUCCCUGUGUGAAUGGUUCCACUUUACUCAGAAGACUGUACGGAACUUAUUUAGAAAAAUAUGAAAGAGCCAGAGGUCCGCCUGGUCGUGACGAUGACAUGGACUUGGACGAAGACCCUCGGAGAAGCCGAGGGGGCAUGCCAAGAAUCUCCUUCGGCGGAGGCAGCGUCUACAUUUCAGGUGAGGCGAUCCGCCCGGGCUCCCGCGUGGCCGGCCCCUCGGAGCGGCUGGCGCUGUCUCUGCUGUCUCCGAUGCCGAACGAACAAGACUAG